AUGAAUUAUGAUAUUUGUCGAGUUUGUUUAGUUUCAAAACCAAAAGAAUAUACAGAAUUUAAAAAUAUAUUCACAAGUACUGAAUCCUUCAGUAAUAAAGUAUUAAAAUUAAUCGAUGCUAUUGUAGAAUGUGCUCCUAUACAAAUUAAGGAAAAUGAUAAUUUACCGAAAAAUAUCUGCUUGAAUUGUUUGGAAAAAUUACAAACAUCUUAUGAAUUCCGUGAACUAUGUUUACAAUCAGAUAUUAAAUUAAAAUUAUCUUUGGAAAAACCGGAAAAAGAAUUUAGUGAUGAUGAAAAGUCAAUCAAAGAGGAACCAGAAAAUAAUGAUGACAUUCAUGUAGCUGAUGACAAUGUGAAAAAUGAAACUGAAAGUGAUAAUGAUGAGAAAAUAUCGUGUCAAGAAUGUAUUAAAAAAUUCACAUCUGUAAAGUCUUUCCAACGGCAUUUAAAGCAUGUUCAUCCAAUCAAAUGCGCUCAUUGUACUGAAAAAUUUUCCAAUAAAAAUGAUUUAUUCCUUCAUAAUGAAAAAUUCCAUACAUUUCGUUGUAAAUUAUGUACAGAAACAUUCAUCUCGGAAAGUGAUAUGGAAAAACAUUACAGUGAAAUUCAUUUAGCUACAUACGUUAAAAGUGAAGAUCAUGUUCCAGCAGAUGGCACUGUAGUCACGAAUAAAAAUAAAAUACGUAAAUUAUUUAAAUGUAUGGAAUGUAAUAAAAGUUUUACAACAAAUCCGUCACUGACUAUACAUUUACGGAUUCACACGGGUGAAAGACCGUUCGUUUGCGAUAUCUGCGAGAAAAGUUUUAAACAGAAAGUACAUUUAUCAAUACAUAAACGGACUCAUACAGGUGAAAAGAAUUAUAUUUGUGAAUUAUGCCCACAAAGUUUUGUAACAAAUAGUGAUUUAUUAAAACAUAAAUCAAAGAAACAUCAAGAUCAAGUACACUUAAAAACCGAAAAUACUGAACCAACUUAUCAAUGUGAUAUGUGUGACAAAGCAUUUCUGACAAGUUCAAAUAUGAAACGACAUAUUGCAAAAAUGCAUAAAAAAUUUAAAUAUCAAUUGGACGAAAUCGAUAAUUCAUCUGCCCCAUUAAAAUGUUCACUAUGCGAUCAAACGUUUAAAUCGAAUUGCAAUUUAAAACGACAUCUAAUUACGCAUAAUAAAAAAAUACCAGGAGAAAUACGUAGUCCGUUUACAUGUAACAGCUGUGGAAAAGGAUUUAUCUCGAAAACCGAACUCUCCGAGCAUUUAUUAAUCCAUGCGGGUGAAUAUAGUUUUAUGUGUGAUAUUUGUGGCUACGUUUUCGAACAAAGUUCAUACUUAAAGAAUCACAUGCUAACGCACACGGGAGUGAAAGCGUUCUCAUGUAAUAUUUGUUCCAAAGAAUUUACGAAUAAAUCAUUUUUACGAUUACAUUUAGCUGCGCACGACGAUGAUUUACCACAUAAAUGUCGAUUGUGUCCGAAACGUUUUAAAUGGCGUGUAGGACUAUGGCGUCAUGAAAUGCAACAUACGGGAGAGAGACCGUAUAAAUGUAAUGUGUGUAGUAAAGGGUUUAUUGAAGCGGAAGCCUUACGUCGUCAUGUACGAGUUCAUACGGGAGAAAGGCCGUACAAGUGUGAUGUUUGUUUUAAAACGUUUAAAGUGACUGCUACAUUGACAACACACAAGAAAAUUCACAAAAAAUAGAAUUGAAUCAGUUACAAACCGAGAAAAUCGAGGAUUGUCAUGGAAUAUAAUUGACCGGAAAUUAAGAAAUGUAAUAUAUAAUUUUGGGAAAAGCUAUAAAAGUAACGAUUUUUCAAUCAGAAAUUUUCGCCAUGGUAAGAGAUGCCCAAAUCUGUAACACGAAAGGUUACAGUAGGAUACAUAUCAGAGGGCUUUCUUAGUGACGUCUGGCCUCGACAGAAUCAUAUAGCUUCAUCUGAUUGUUCUCAAGGAAGGUACAGAGGAACGCUUAGGUUAGGUUAGAGUGGCUGUUCAUGGAGUAGUUCUUGAUAUUUUGUAUAGAGUCAUAAUUUUUAAUUGCGAGUAACUUUUCUUUGUAACAUUUC